AUGUACCUGCCAUUUCAUACUUUUACCCCUGCGCAAGCAUUUGACCCCCAGCUCAAAACGUACCAAAAUUGCUCUAGCCCAUCAAGAUCAGAGGGGGCGACAUUCUACAACCGCAUCUUCGUGAGUCCAAUCUCCACUGUUCAAUAUUCCGCGGACGACGGUCAUCUCACGUCCUGGCAUAUGGCAUACCACAGUCAAAUCGAGCCCCUCCGCAAGAUAGUCGAGUUUGCCCACGCCGACUGGAAAGCAUCCACUGUUUUGUCGUGGUCACAUGUUGGUCUUGUAGCAACCGAGUGCACAGGAGCUAUCGAAGACCCGAUCAAGGUGGUCGUCAUCGGAUUUGUGGAAGCUACUGGCAUUGACAUCAUUGAACUUCACAACGCACACGGUUAUCUGCUGUUCUCUUUCGUCAGUCCUAUCAGCAACACGCGCACAGACGAAUACGGCGGAAUCCUUGAGAACCGCAUUCGUUUAACUCUCGAGGUCAUGGAUGCUAUCCGUGAUGCCAUGCCUGAAGACAUGCCACUCUUUUUGAGGGUUUCUGCAACUGAAUGGCUCGAAGAAGCGCUUCCAAAUGAAUCAUCGUGGCGUGUUGAAGAUACCGUCGAACUUGCAAGCAUUCUUGUCGAGCAUGAAGCACCGUUCGCACAGGCAGCCAAACAAACUGUUGGGGACAACCUUAUUGUUGAGGCUGUCGGCUCAAUCACCAAUGACAAGACCGUCCAGGAGAUCCUUGACAAAGGUCAAGCCGAUGUCAUCCUGAAUCCGGGGAUUGUUGGGCUAGCGAAUUAUAUCAGGCUACGGAUGUGUGGAUAG